CGCAUUGAUCUCUACGGCACCGAAGACGACGUUUUCCGAUCAUUUUCAUACACCAGCUGUGUGGGUAGCAAAAAGUACUAGACACCACAACCAACCCAAACCCAACCACACCCACAUCCACUCCCCACCACCACCAACCUUCCUUCCUUCACCCUCUUCUCAUCUUCUACUACUACUACUACACAUCCUCAAUCGUUGAUGCUAAUUACCACCAACCUUCUUAUUACUACUACUACUACUACUAUCUCUUUGAAACCCUUCCUUCUUUUUGUCUUAAUUUCUAUACAUAUCGGGAAAUAGAUCAAAAGAAAAUCUAAAUUAAUGAAGGAAGAAGAGCAGCAACCACCUGUCCACCACCUCCUGCUCCACCACCACCGACGACGGGUCGCUGCUUUGGCUGGCAAGAAAUUCACCAAACACACGGUCUGCUUUAUUCUCCUCCUCCUCCUCUCUUACUCCUUGGGAUAUAUUUCCGCUCCAUCUCAUCAAUAUCCCAAUUACUCUUCACCCCACUCUCCCUCCUCUUCUUCUCAACCAAGACAUAUUAAUAUUCCCCAAAGCAACCAAAAAAACACCUCCACCCCCGCAACCGCCGACGACAACAACAACAACAACAACGACCACUACCGUUUCACGACUCAGUGUGCCGACCCAGUUCCCUCCAAACUCGUCCGCCAAACAAUUCUCGACAGAGUAUUCAAUGGCACUUCCCCUUACGAAGAUUUCCCCCCGGAGCAUGCUAGCCCUCUCCUACGCCCAAGGAGAAUCAAAGGCUGGGGCUCAACCGGCGCUGUAUUCGAGAACCUAAUCCGCAAAGUCCAACCCAGGACCAUACUUGAGGUUGGCACGUUCUUGGGGGCGUCAGCGAUUCACAUGGCGGAGUUGGCGAGGGGACUGGGACUGGAGACUCAGAUAGUGUGUCUGGACGACUUCCGUGGGUGGCCCGGUUUUCGUGACCGGUUCAGGGACAUAAAGAUGGUGAACGGAGACGUGUUGCUUCUGUACCAGUUCAUGCAGAACGUGGUUCACGAGAAGGCCAGUGAGUCGGUAGUAUUUGUUCCGUUCUCGAGCGGGUCGGGUCUGGAGAAACUGUGUGAGUGGGGUGUGUUCGGGGACCUAAUUGCGGUGGAUGCAGGUCACGACUUUCACUCGGCCUGGUCGGAUAUAAACCGGGCUUACAAACUACUAACACCCGGUGGAGUCAUAUUUGGGCAUGAUUACUUCACUUCUGCCGACCAUAACGGAGUUAGAAGAGCUGUGGAUUUGUUUGCCCGAGUCAAUAGACUCCAAAUCCAAAUCGACGGCCAACACUGGGUCAUUCAUCAUUCCUCUUAAUUAAUUAGGCUUGAUCAAUUUCAAUAUUCAACGUGCAUUAUUAACGGAUGCUGCAGCCUGCCACAGAGCCAGCCUCCUCUUAUACUAAAAUAUAUAUAAAUAAAAAAAUUGAAGCUUUGCUUACGUUUUAAUCUAGAUAAACGUAACAAAUAAACUUGAGGCUCAGUUGUUUACUCAAGACAUACUAUACGCGUAUUCAAUUUUCUUUGUACCGUAUGUCUAUGUAAAAGUUUUGUAGGAAUGUGCACAUUAUGUAAUACAGUAGUAGUAGUAGUAAAUAAAUACAGAAGAUUAAUGUA